AUGUGGCCUCAAGGGGCCAUCUUCGUGGUCCUGCCCCUCCUGGGGCCCACCCUUGUCUGGCUGCUCAUCCAUCACUCGAUGCCCGACUGCUAUGCCUCCCACCGGGUGUGGAAGGGCCUGGGAGGGGGCUUUGGGCAGCCGCUGCCCCUCGGUCUCUAGGCUGUGCAGCUCACCAUCAGCUGAUGUCCUGAUCCUCCUGUUGGCAGCCCACACCCCGGCCUGGCCCUGCUGCACCUGCUGCUGCUCUUCGGGCUGGUGAUGGGCAUGGCUCUGCUCUGGCAUCCCCAUCAACAAGCUGCCACCCUGCUGCUGCUGCCCUACCUGGCCUGGCUCACCGUGGCCGUUGCCAUCACCCACCACCUGUGGAGGGACAGCCUUUGUCCUGAGGACCGGCCCCGGGGGAGAGGAGGAACCUCAGACUCUGGGAGCCCCGGGGCCCCCUCGCUGCACCCCGCCCAGGCUCUGGACACCCCUGUUGUUUAUGUCAACAGAGUGGUUGCCAGCGGGCAGGCUCCUGGCCACCAGGGGGUGCCCGGUGCCCGCGGCCCGCUGUUUGUAUUCCUCAUCUCGGUGGUGACCGGGGGGCGGGCACAGCCGGGCUGGGUCUCCGGGGCAACGCACUGUUGGGGCGCCAGCUGCCCUGCAUCCACUCCAUCAGCGGGCUCCCGAGUAUCUGCUUUCACAGAGUGA